AUGGGUAUGUGCUAAAACAAGCCAGCAGAAUACAAUUCCAAAAUACCCAACAUUGAAAGUGAAUUUUUAGAUGAGGAUGACGUCGAUGACUAAAUUGGAGAAACCACCUAUAUCCCAAUUGAAGGAGAAAACGGAAAUCCCAAAACCAAACUUAGCCUUUCUGAUUUUGAACUUUUAAAAGUUAUAGGCAGAGGAUCGUUUGGUAAAGUACUGCUUGUCAAAAGAAUAGCAGAUCAAUAAUUGUAUGCUGUUAAGAUUUUAAGGAAGAAGUUGUUGUAAAAAAAGAAACAAUAGGAAUAAGCACUUUAAGAAAGAAAAAUAAUGUCUUUGAUUAGUAGUCCUUUUUCUGUAAAAUUGCACUUCGCCUUUUAAAGUCCAUCGAGACUCUACAUGGUUAUGGAUUUUAUGAUAGGCGGUGAGUUGUUUCUCCAUCUCAGAAAGAGAUAAAAAUUUAAUGAGGAAUGGACUUAAUUCUAUGCAGCUGAACUUUUGAUUGCUCUUGACAUAUUGCAUCAGUAAAAAAUUAUUUACAGAGAUUUAAAACCAGAAAACAUCCUCCUGGAUAAAGAUGGACAUGUAGUUCUUACAGAUUUUGGACUCUCUAAAUUAGGAUAUGAAAGAAACGAAAUUACUUAUUCGUUUUGUGGUACUCCAGAAUAUGUUGCUCCAGAAAUACUAUACUAAAAAGGACAUAGUUUCGCUGUUGAUUUCUAUAGUUACGGAGCCUUGAUAUAUGAAAUGCUGAGUGGAGCUCCUCCAUUUUAUUCAAAAAAUAAAAGAGAAAUGUUAAAAAAUAGAUGCGAAAAACCUUUGGAGAUGAAACCUACCUUUUCUCUUUAGGCUUAAUCUUUACUAAAGGGCCUCUUAACGAAAGAUCCUGGAUUCAGAUUGGGCUCAAAUGGGAUUCAAGAAAUCAAAAAACACAAUUUCUUUAGUGGAAUAGAUUGGGAAUUAGUUGAACAGAGGAAACUAUAGCCUCCAAUAGUUCCUCGAAUUUAAAAUUUAGAAGAUUUGUCUAACUUUGCUCCAGCAUUCUUACAAUAGCCCUUAAUUGAAACUCCAGAUUCUUAAUAGAAUGUUUAAUUUGAAGGGUUUACUUAUUAAAAAGGAAUGUGA